CACCCUCGUUUUGAGCCAAACCAGACCUCGAAACUCACACACACUGUGUGUUUGUGAAUUUCCCUUUUCUUUUCUCGCCCUCCGCUCCAAAAUCCCAUCUUUUUCAGUCUCUGCUCUGAACUGGCUGUUGUUUAAGAUUUAGUAUAGCCUCCACCCCCAUCCCGACCCACAAAACAAGCGCUCAUGUUUCUAUAAUGUAUCUCAUUCACCUUUGUAUUCUUGCUCGCCCUUUUUCCGUAAUGCAGGAUCCUGUUAAUUUCUAACUGAAUCUUGAUUUUUUUCUUCCUUGAGUGAAUUUCAUAUUCGGUUGAUAGAAUUUGUUGACAUUACUAGAAUAUGGGAUUUCAUUCUCUCUCUCUCUCUCUCUCUCUCUGAAUUACUACUUUAAUUGAAGAAAAGAGCUUAGCUGGCUUUCAUCCCAUUUGAGUUGCAUCGUUUUCUCGUGUCCUCCAUUCUCGAACUCUUUUUUUAAAGAAAAGUUGAGUUCGGGAACUUUUGUUGGGAGGAAAAGUUUUGAUCUUGGCUUACUUUCGAAGGGUUGCUGUUUGAUUGUAUGAAGUGGUGAAACGAUGAGAGAAGAUGGGAGCUCAAAGAAGAGCAAGCUUUCAUGGCCUAAGACGUUAGUCAAGAAAUGGUUCAACCUCCAGAGCAAAGAUGGGGAUUUUCAUGCUGAUGAAAUCAUUUAUGGAGGCGUGGAUGAAGAAUGGAGGAACAAUUUACCUGAGAGGGAGCAGCCAUACACAAUCAAGAAAAGCAACACAGAGAAAUUGACUAAUCGAAAUCCAGAGUGUAUGAGAAGAAACAAGUGUGAGUUUGAUUCCACUCAAGUUACAGAUGUUCAAGAUUAUAGGAUCUUUGUGGCAACAUGGAAUGUGGGUGGAAAGUCGCCCCCGAGUUACUUGAAUCUUGAAGACUGGCUGCACACGUCGCCUCCUGCUGAUAUUUAUGUUCUCGGGUUUCAAGAGAUUGUUCCAUUGAAUGCUGGAAAUGUGUUGGGCACGGAGGAUAAUGGCCCAGCUAGGAAAUGGCAAGCACUCAUUAGGAAAACUCUCAACAGCCUUCCUGCCUCUGGUGGUGGUGGAGAUGGUGGAGGUGGUGGUGUUGUUUUCAAUACACGAUCCACGAGUCCUUAUGAACUAUAUGAUGACCUUAAAGGGCCAAACAGAGAACAAGAUCCUUCUUUCCUUCCCCGUCACUCUGUGCAGUCUGUGAGCCAAAGCAUGAGAAUGAUGGGAAGUGGGAUUUCAGUGGCGCAAUCUAAACUUGAUAAUAGAUUCAGCAUGUGCGAUCGGGUUAUGUAUGGUCAUAGGCCAAGCGAUUACUAUGAUCAAAAUGCUAGGUGGGAUGCUUCCUCUGAUGAUGAAGAUGGGCCAAGUGAUUCGUUUUGUGCACAGUCCUACAAUGCCUCUGUCUCCAUUGAGGACAAAGACAAGCAUCCAGGCCAGUCAAGAUUUUGUCUUGUUGCUAGCAAACAAAUGGUUGGGAUACUUGUCACGGUAUGGAUAAAGACAGAACUGAGAGACGCUGUGCGCAAUCUGAAGGUGUCUUGUGUUGGGAGAGGGCUGAUGGGUUAUCUCGGCAACAAGGGCUCGAUUUCAAUAAGUAUGUCUUUGUACCAGACAAGCUUCUGCUUCAUCUGCAGUCACUUGACCUCUGGGGAGAAGGAUGGAGACGAGCUACGAAGGAACUCUGAUGUCAUGGAAAUAUUGAGGAAAACAAGAUUCCCAGAAGUCCAUGCCACGACAGACGAGAGCAACUCCCCUCAAACAAUCCUUGAUCAUGAUCGAGUGAUAUGGCUUGGGGACUUGAACUAUAGAAUUGCACUUUCGUACCGAUAUGCAAAGGCUCUUGUAGAGAUGUGCAAUUGGAGAGCGUUGUUAGAAAACGAUCAGCUUAGGAUAGAACAGAGAUAUGGGCAUGUUUUUGCAGGAUGGAACGAGGGGAAGAUCUACUUCCCUCCUACGUACAAGUAUUCAAACAAUUCAGACAGAUACGCAGGAGAAAAUAUGCGUCAAAAGAAGAAACGACGAACACCUGCAUGGUGUGAUCGUAUAUUAUGGCACGGCCAUGGUCUCAGACAACUCUCGUAUGUACGUGGGGAGUCGAGGUUUUCAGAUCACAGACCAGUCUGCAGUAUGUUUUUGGCUGAAGUCGAGUCCACCAAUUGUGGCCGUUUCAAGAAAAGCACGAGCUAUUCUAGCGCUCGAGUUGAGAUAGAGGAGCUCCUCCCUUACUCACAUGGAUACGAUCAACUAAAUUUAUUCUGAAAACCAUAUCAAAUCCAAGAUCCUGCAAGGAAUCCUCACCUUUUGCUGCAUACAUGAGCAGCAAACCAUAAAGGCUCAAAGUAUGAAAAAAUAAAGUGGCCAAAAUUUCUAAAAAUCACAACCGAUAAUGAGGAUGGAGCGAAUCAGUAUAUACACAGUUAUGAUUGAGAAGUCUCUGUAAAUGCCAGAAUUUUUUGUAGCUUAGUUCAUAAAUGUGCAUCCCUUUUACUUUUUAUUGGAACCAAGAAAUGGUGAUGCCCAUUUUCACAGUGAAGGAAAAAAGAGAAUUUUGAGCUUUAUAAUUAAAGUGUAGAAUUAAAGUGGAAACAAUAACUGAAAA